AAAAAAUGAAACAUAACGCGCUUUUAGUUUGUCGUGGCGUGGUGUGUGCGUACAGUUUGAUAAGGGGAAUAUUCUAAAACAUAUUAGGAAGGAAUCGUUUUAUAAUGUCACUACGACCUUUAUCUGCUGAACUGGCUGAAAAAGCUCGUUUGGAACUGAACGAGGACCAGAGUCGUGUCAGCGAUGAUAUACAGCAUAUCAAGGAUUGGUUGGCAAAGCAGCCACAUUUACGAGCUAGGACAGAUGACCAAUGGUUACUUGCGUUUCUCCGUGGAUGCAAAUUUAGUUUAGAAAGAACAAAGGAAAAAUUAGACUUGUACUACACCAUUCGUAAAACGGCACCAGAAUUCUAUCGAAUUAAACACACUGAUCCGCUUUUCAAUGAGAUUUUGGAACUUGGUUCGCUCAUAGUAUUGCCGAAGUUGGCUAAUCCAGUAGCUCCGAGGGUCUCUAUGAUAAGACCCGGUAGUUACGAUGCGGAUAAAUAUGCAAUCGCUGAUGUAAUAUCGGUAAAAACUGUUAUAGAUAAAAUUUUAUUAAUGGAAGACGACAAUUUGGCGGUGGCCGGUAGCCAAACUAUUUUGGACUUAGACAACGUGACGAUGUCGCAUUUUUUGCAAAUGACGCCGAUGGUUAUAAAAAAGAUGGUCGUCGCAACACAGGAUGCUUUGCCGCUACGUAUGAAAGGAACUCACUACUUAAAUACUCCUACAGGAUUUGAGACUAUCUUUAAUGCAAUUAAAAGUUUAUUGACAGCGAAAAACCAAAGUAGACUAUAUGUGCACAACAAAAAUUACGAUGAGAUGUACAAAUAUAUUUCUAAGGACAUAUUGCCCACUGAAUACGGAGGAGAAGGAGGUACUAUUAAGGAGAUAACAGACUAUUGGAAAAAGAAAGUGGAGGAGUACAGUGAUUUCUUAGAGGCAGAUUAUCAGUACGGCACUGACGAGACUAAACGUCGCGGCAAGCCGAAGACCGCGGAAGAUAUGUUUGGAUUAGAGGGAUCAUUCAGGCAGCUACAAUUCGAUUAUUUUGUUAAGAAAGGCUGUAAUAUGACUUUGCGACCCUUAUCUAGUGAAUUAGCUGAAAAGGCUCGUUUAGAACUCAAUGAGGAUUCAAAUCGUAUUAACGAUGAUCUACAUCAUAUCAAAGAUUGGUUGACGAAGCAACCACAUCUACGAGCAAGAACUGACGAUCAAUGGCUGAUUGCAUUUCUCCGAGGCUGCAAAUAUAGCUUAGAAAGAACUAAGGAGAAAUUAGACUUAUAUUACUCUGUUCGUAACGCGGCACCAGAAUUUUAUCGAAUUAAACAUACUGAUCCUUUAUUCAAUGAAAUUCUGGACCUAGGAUCGACAAUUAUAUUGCCAAAAGUGGCAAGUCCUGAUGCCCCUCGGGUUACAAUAGUAAGACCUGGACAAUACGAGCCCGAAAAAUAUACAAUCGCCGAUGUUUUAUCAGUAAACACAAUUAUUGAUAAGAUUUUAUUAAUGGACGACGACAAUAUGGUGGUAGCUGGCAACCAGUUUAUAUUGGACUUAGACAAAGUCACAAUGUCACAUUUCUUGCAAAUGACACCGAUGACCAUGAAAAAGAUGGUCGUUGCUUCACAGGAUGCGUUACCCUUACGUAUGAAGGGGACUCAUUAUUUAAAUACUCCAACGGGUUUCGAGACCGUUUUCAAUGCGAUGAAAAGUUUACUGAGUGCGAAGAAUCAAAGCCGACUCUACGUACAUAACAAAAAUUUCGAGGAAAUGUACAAAUAUAUACCUAAAGAGAUCUUGCCCUCUGAAUACGGUGGUGAUGGUGGUACUAUAAAGGAAAUCACAGACUAUUGGAAAAAGAAGGUAGAGGAGUAUAGCGACUUCUUAGAGGCAGAUUAUCAAUACGGCACUGACGAGACUAAACGUCGCGGCAAGCCGAAGACUGCGGUAGAUAUGUUCGGAUUAGAAGGAUCGUUCAGGCAGCUGAAUUUUGACUAGAGUCGCGUAGAAAGAUAUUGUAUUAGAAAACGAUUUUCAUAUUUUUUUAUUAAAUUCCUUUUUCAUUCAAAUGCAUUAUUAUUU